AUGGCGGCUAUGCAACUAACCAGAACUGUUUUUUUCGGUCUCUCAAAGGCUUUCCCUAAAAGCCGAUCUCCGACAACUCUUGCGGUGGUGAUUGGUCGUAAAAGCUCUCGUGUCUUUUUCGCCUCAUCGGUUGACCAUAAUUCCAAGGGAAGAUAUGAUGCUGUAGAGAAAUCGAGAGACUCGAGGGCCGAUUUGGCCUAUGAUUCGAAGAAAUGGAGAGAAGAAUCCGGUGAAUACGCAGAAGCCGGCAAAGGUAAAGCCUACGAGACGAAAGAGAAUGCUAGGGACAGAGCUUAUGAUAUGAAAGAGAAGACCAAAGAUUACGCGGAACAAACUAAAGAUAAAGUGAAUGAAGGAGCGAGCAGAGCAGCUGAUAAAGCGUCCGAGACAAAAGAGAAUGCUAAGGACAAAGCUCAUGACAUGAAAGAGAAGGCGAAAGAUUAUGCGGAACAGACUAAAGAUAAAGUGAAUGAAGGAGCGAGCAGAGCAGCUGAUAAAGCCUACGAGACAAAAGAGGACGCUAAGGACAAAGCUUAUGACAUGAAAGAGAAGACAAAAGAUUAUGCGGAACAAACCAAGGAUAAAGUGAACAAAGGAGCGAGUAGAGCAGCUGAUAAAGCCUACGAGACUAAAGAGAAUGCUAAGGAAAAAGCUUAUGACAUGAAAGAGAAGACGAAAGAUUAUGCUGAACAAACUAAGGAUAAAGUGAAUGAAGGAGCGAGCAGAGCAGCUGAUAAAGCCUAUGAGACAAAAGAAAAGGCUAAGGACAAAGCUUAUGAUGUGAAAGAGAAGACGAAAGAUUAUGCGGAAAAGACCAAGGAUAAGGUGAAUGAAGGAGCGUCUAGAGCUGCGGAUAAAGCGGAAGAGACGAAAGACAAAGCCAAGGAAUAUGCAGAGGACUCAAAGGAGAGAGCAGAGGAUAUGGCUCAUGGGUUUAAGGAAAAGGCUCAAGAUGUUGGGGAGAAGACUAUGGAGACUGUGAAAGAGGUGUGGGAGUCGGCGAAGAGCACGGCUCAGAAGGUGACUGAGGCGGUGGUUGGGUCCGGUGAGGAAGCGGAUAGGACCCGGGAUGAUGUUGAUAAGGGCUUGGAAGAUUUAUCGAAAACUGCAAAGGAAAGCCGGAAAGAAGAUGAUGAUUUCAAGAGGUUCUAG